AUGAAUCAUCAGCAGCCACAGCCUCAGUUAGGCCGACCCCCAAGUUACACAAACAACAGACCAACCAGUCCAAUGGUUCAUGGUCAACAACAGCCCCCGCCCAUCACCACAAACCUCCAAUACAACCCGAAUGCUCCCUUGAACGGCCCACCGGGUUAUGGCAUGCAGCAGCAGCCGAUGGCUCCAAGUAUCCCACCGUCACUGUCCAACACUCAGUAUCCAGGGCGCAACCCUGCGGUCGAGGUCGAGGGUGGGGGUCGGAGCAAGGCCCAACUGAUUGUCGGUAUUGACUUCGGUACAACCUUCUCGGGUGUCGCAUAUGCAUUUGCGACCAACAAUCAGGCAAGCGAGGACAUCAUCACGGAAUGGCCCGGGGCUGGAACCCAUGCAAAACAAAAGAUUCCCACCGUCCUCUACUACGACCAAUACCAAAAGGUAGUAGGAUGGGGCCCCGAUAUCGCCGACGCUCUCGCCCCGACCGGAUACCCCAAACCCCAAGUGCAGAAGUCCGAAAUCGAUGUCGCUGCCGAUUAUCUCUUCAAGCUACGGCAAGCCAUUCGCGCUCAGCUGCAAAAGGCCCUGGGAGAGGUGUUCACGCGCGAGGAACGGAAUAUCCGAUACUAUCUGACGGUGCCGGCUAUUUGGAACGACGCCGGCAAGGCCGCGACGCGGACCGCUGCUAUUCAAGCUGGCUUCUUGCGCGACGAGAACGAUAACCGUCUCACACUAGUCUCAGAGCCCGAGGCAGCGGCUUUGUUCUGUGCCAAAAGUGGACUGCUCAACUUGAAGGUGGGCGAUGCCAUUUUGAUUGUGGAUUGCGGUGGUGGUACCGUGGAUUUGAUCGCGUAUGAGGUCGAGGAAGAGCAGCCUUUCAGUGUGAUGGAAUGUACUGCCGGGUCUGGUGACUCGUGUGGCUCAACAGCACUGAAUCGAAACUUCAGUAACAUCUUGCGCGCGAAGAUCCGGAAGAUGAAGCUGCCGGAUGGCUCUCGGACAGCGGGCAAGGUCUACGCGAAGUGUAUCAUGGACUUUGAGAACCGUAUUAAGGCUGACUUCCGCAACAACGGACAAAAAUGGGCAGUAGACGUGGGUAUCGAGGCUGACUUCCCCGAUGCUGGUAUUGAGGAGGGCUAUAUGACAUUCAUGAACGAGGAGAUCCUUCAGUGCUUUGAACCUGUCGUGAACCGUAUCCUCGAGUUGGUCCGCAACCAGAUUAUCGCCAUCCAAGCACAGAACCGUCUGAUCCAGAACGUUCUGGUUGUCGGUGGAUUCGGUGCUUCAGAAUACCUCUUCCAGCAGAUCAAGCUCCACGUGCCUCCACAGUAUCAGACAAAGGUGGUACGCCCGAUGGAUUCGGUGGCCGCAAUCGUUAAGGGAGCAGUCACCGCAGGCAUCACCGAGCGGGUCAUCACACACCGCGUAGCACGUCGGCACUACCUUAUGGCCACGCUUCAGCCAUUCAAGGAGGGCUAUCACCCGGAGCAGUACCGUGUACCCAGUUUGGAUGGCCGCGAUCGAUGCAAGUACACCCGUCAGAUUUUCGUCCAAAAGGGAGAGCGUGUCAGGAUUGGUGAACCAGUCAAGGUCAGCUUCUUCCGUCAAGUUGCACCUGGCGCCACCCUCAUGUACGAGGAUGUGCUGUAUGCCUGUGACGAGGAUGUCUGCCCCGAGUACACCAAGGAUCCACGCAUCAAGGAAGUCGUAACACUCACCUCCGAUCUAUCACGCAAGAACCUCGAGACCGACUUCGAGCGCAUGGACACACCCCAGGGCAUCUUCUACCGUGUCUACUUCGAUAUUUACCUCACGCUGGAUGGCAGUGAAUUCAGCGCCGAACUGGUCUGCCAGAACGAGAUCAUGGGCCGCUGCCGUGCCAAGUUCCGUUGA